ACAUGUAGCAAUACUGCCUCUUGCCAGUAACAGUGAUUACUGUUGGUAUGUAAAAUCUCAUUUCACGUGUACGAUCGUAGGAGGACGCGAAGGUUAAAAAUGCUUGUCACACCCAAGGUUGAAUUACAUGUCCAUUUGGAUGGUGCUCUAAAGCACACAACUGCAUUUGAAUUACUGAAGAAAAAGAGUUUACCUUUGCCGGGAAAUGGUUCUUAUGAAGCAUUCGUUGAAUCCGUAAUUGUGAAAGAACCGGAUAGUUUAAUGACUUUUCUUCGAGGAUUUGGUAUUUUUCUGCCAGCAGUCAUAGGAGACUUGGAAGCCAUUGAAAGAAUGAGUUAUGAAUUUUGUGAAAGUGCAGCUGAGCAGGGAGUCAUCUAUGUAGAGGCCAGAUACUGCCCAUUCCUUCUGAUGCCAGAUACCUUUACAGAAGCAAAUUUUCUAAGCGAAAAUGCUGGAAACCACAAUAAAAAUUGCAAACAUAUUUCUGCCAAAGAAGUGGUAGAAGCUGUUAAUAAAGGUUUCCAUAAGGGUGAAAGACAGUUUGGAACCAUAGCCAGAACAAUCCUGUGCUGUAUUCGUGGGAAACCUGAGUGGUCCAAGGAGAUUCUCGAUCUUUGUAUCCAAUUCAACGAUAAAGGUGUUGUAGGAAUCGAUAUCGCUGGCGAUGAAGCCGGUGAACAACCAAUCGCCGGGGAAGAAUCUGAGCUGCGAAUGCUGGACGCAGAAGAUAUUGCUGUAUUUGAAAAAGCAGCUGAGCUUGGUGUACGCCGAACGGUUCAUGCAGGAGAAGCGGGACCAGCCCAAAUGGUCUGGAAGGCUUUAACUGUGCUGAAAGCUGAAAGAAUCGGUCAUGGUUAUCGCGUUUUGGAAGACGAUUCAAUCUACAACCAUUGCCUUAAUAACGGCGUUCAUUUCGAAUGCUGCCCAACCUCCAGUAUAUUGACAGGGAGUGUGUCAAUAUGUGGAACAAAAACGCAUCCCUUAAUGCGCUUUGCGCAAGAUGGAGCUUCUUUUUCCAUAAGCACUGAUGACCCUACAGUGACAAAUACCAAUUUAAGUGAUGAGUACACAUUGUGUGCAAAAUGGGGAUUAACCGUAACCCAAUUACAAGAAACGAAUAUCAAUGCAAUGAAAAAUUCAUUUGCAGAGCCAUCUAUAAAGCAAUCCAUUUUGGAAAAACUUUACAGUGCAUAUGGUUUGAAAAACCAAAAUUAAAAAAUUAUAUUUAAAGACGAAUUUUUGUCCAGUUGACUUUACCAUUGUGAUAUAUGUCAUCAUAUUUGGUUCUGUCCAGGAUAGCGAUAUUUUCUCUUACGUAAUCGACUAAGAUGUCCAGAUGGCGCGGAUCGAAAUCUUGCUGGAGCAUUAAAUUUCGCCAAAUUGCACCGGCUAAUACUUGAUCACUACUUAAGAGGCCUUCAUCAUAAGCAAACAAGCUUGCCUGAAAUUCAUCAACCAGAACUUGAACCUGUUUUCUUCGCACACUUGCAGCCGUCUCCUUUAAAACAACACAAAACAUUUGAAUGGAGUAUCUCAACCAAAAUCUAUAGAAUGUCUUACUCCAAUCUGUUUGCUUUUGAAUUCAACAUCCUCCCACAUGGCUUCUACAAGAGCAUUUCGCACAAGUCUUCCAUUGUCUCCUUCAUUCAUCAGUCGAACCAUUAACAUCCAUACAUGUAGGCCUCUCACUAUAAACCAGGAAUGGAAAGUA